UGUCAUUGUCGAUAGUGUACAUAUUUUAGUUUGCUCUUUACAAUACAAUAAUUUUAGACCUUCAUAGUAAUAUUUUAUACAAAUGUCUGAGGAGAACGAAAAAACCUCUAUCGAAAAUGUGCCUCUUGAAAAACCUAUAAGCGAAAAUGUAGCUCCUCAAGAAGAAGAGCAAAUUCCUUCUGAAAAUAAACAAGUAGAAUCUGAUACCAAUGCUGAAGAAACGGAUCAAGAAAAUUCUCCACCAGCAGCAAUAAAUGAAGAAGGUGGAAGAGAAACUGAAAUUCAAAAGGCUGUAGAUGAAGAUACUAGUGAAACACCUGAAAUUCAAGAUUUAAAUGAAAAUGCUGAACAGAUAGAGAAAAAUUCUAAUAAGGAAUUGGAUCAGAAACGUGAAGAACAUAACGUAGAAGGUCCUCCAAGUGAUGAAAAUGCAGUUGAACCUCCGGAGGCUGCAGAAUCAGUGCCACCUGAAGGUGAGAUAGAAUCUAAAGGCCAAGUAUCUGAUCCUGAUGAUGAUUAUAUCAAACCUCCUGUUCAAGAGGAACAUAAUUCAGAUGUAAGCAACUUUUCUAAUCGAUUCGAUAUAGAAUCUACAACGGGUGAAGAGGUGGAACAAGAAACACACCCUCUGGAUGAGCUUACUGAUCAACAAGUUAUUGAUUUAGUUCAAGAAUUAGAAACUGAAAACAGGCACCUCCAAUUGGAAAAUAUUCUCUUUGAAACUUUUAUAAAUGAUAACGAUCCUUCGCUUAUGGAGGGUAUUGAUGAUAUAAUGAAUCUACUGCUAGGUAAGAAGCAGUCUCUAGAAUCAGGUGGAAUUCCAAGUAGAUCAAGUAUGCUAGCUAGUGAUCGAGCCAAAUACAGAUUAGACUCUUAUACUAGUAUAACAUCCAUAGCCGAGGGAAAAGGUCCAAAGAUUAAUUUAUCCCAGAAAACUGAUAUGGUAAUGAGAGCCAUGGAAGAAAACCAAAGUCGCUUAGAAGCCUUUAUGAAGAAAUGCCAUAUUAUAAAAAGAAACUUAAAGGCUGAAUUAGAGGAGUUUAGUAUCAGAGAAGCUGAAAUCAAGGAAGCAACUGAUAUUUUUGAAUUCAAUGUAGUAACUCAAGGACUGGAUAAGUUAACGCAGCGAAUACCAGCAGAAAAAUUUAUAAGAUACAUGGAGGAAUGGCUUAAAAGUGCUCAGUUGCAAAUCGAAAAGUUAAGGCUGAGAAUCGCAACUCUAAAAGUGCAAUACAAAAAAGUCUCUCAGCAGCUAAUUCAGCGACAAGAGCUAGGAGAGAACGUACAUGCUGUGGAUUUCGAUCAGUUGGAAAUUGAAAAUAAGCAUUUUAUACAAAAAAUUGAACAAAAAAAUAUACAUCUUAUCGAACUUAAAAAGAUGAACGGUGGAGCAAACUUGGUUCUUAGCAUCCAUAAAAAGUUCCUUCAAAGACAACAAGAUGAUUGCAAUAAGCUUCAAAGUGAGAUUUCAGAAAAAAAUAGACAAAUCGAAGAGACCGAGAAAGAAGUCGAUGUCGGGAAGCAAGAAUUAGAAGCUGAAAUUGAGAAAUUUGAAAAUUGUAAAAAUUUAAAGAGCAAAUAUACAGUGCCGGAUGUUAUGGAGUACGUAAGGCUUAAGGCCAAACUACACGACUUACGGAAAAAUAUUAAAAUUUGGACGAGGCGCAGAAAAAUCCAGGAUAUUGCAUUGAACACAUGCUUGAGGGAAAUGAAAAAUUUAACAGGGAGAACAGAUAUUGAUCUGUCCUGGUUUGAGGAUCCAGAUGAGGGUAUGGAUGACAGUUCUCUUUUAGAUGAAUUAAUUUAAAAUAAAUUAAAUCUAAUGAAGAAUUUGUUUUUUAUUAAUUUGUAGUCUAAGAAGAGAAUUGACUAUUAAAGGUUUGAAAGCUUAUAAGAAUAUAUAGUUAGAUAGA